AUGCUGCAAAAGCUGUGGACAAUAGCGGACGGCGUUGUCUUGGCUGUUGAAAAACUUGUACAAUCAAAAUUGCUAGUUCCACGAUCAAACCGUCGUAUCCAAACUGUUGAUACUCAUAUCGGCGUGCAAUUACACUUUGCACAUAAACAGGCUACGGCUGGUUUGUUAGCAGAUGGUCACUAUGCACAGGCCUACACGUUAUAUUCAAAUGUACGACCAUUUGGUAGCAGCGCUAUUAUCGGUACAGUUGAUAAAGAAGGUCCACAGCUUUUUAUGGUUGAACCAUCUGGUGUAUACUGGGUAGCAAAAACAGAAAUUGAAAAGCUCAAACUUGCAGAGAUGUCUGUUUUGGAUGCUGUUAAAGAAACUGCACGGAUCAUUUAUACAGUUCACGAUGAAGCCAAAGAUAAAGAGUUUGAAUUAGAAUUGAGCUGGAUAACUGAGGAAAAUAGGCGACAUCAAUUUGUGCCUGAUGAUAUUGCAGCAGAGGCGGAAAGAUUGGCAAAG